AUGAAUGAAAAAGCUGCAAUAGAAAGGUUGAUGAUUACAUCUAUGAGCAAAUUAUAUUUCUGUGUAAUAGAAGAAAAUAGUUUAAUGAUUAUUAUUGUUUACAGGCAUGCACGUUUCAUGCAGCGUAGGGAAAAUAGGGAGGUAUUAAGCAUGAGAACACUAAAACAGAAAGUAAAAUUACUUGACGCUUAUGAGUUAUUGGAGUAUGAAGUUGAAAAUUUAGAUCUAUACCUUGGAGAAACGCAUUUCAAUAAAAGUUAUGUUGACAAAGAAUGUCAAGUAGAUGACAGCCAAUUUAGUAAGGAAUCACAGUUGAAGCCCAACGGUACAGAAAUAAUAUGCACAGCUGUUAGAUUUAAAACAGUCAUUAUUGACAGUGCAACAAACAGUAGUACAGUUUUUAAUGAGGUAGAGACCCAAACAAGUAUUUUUAUAGGCAAGACUAUCAUCAUUCCCAGUCAAAAGACACUUGAUAAAGGUUGUAAUACGCCAAUGAAAGUUUAUGUUGACAGUUCAGUGAAUGUUGAUACCCCGGACUUGGAUUUAAAAAGAAGAAGUUUUCAUGGCUAUGACACUGUGCGAGAUGAAGAAGAUCUAUUGUAUUUAGCUGGAGUGCAUUAUGACACAUUUAACUUCUUAUUAGAAAGAACACCAAAACCAGCAGCUGAUAAUUUUAAAGUAUCUCAUAAAGAUAGAUUAUUUUUGCUUUUAAUGAAAGUAAAAACUGGGCUUAGUUUUUCAUCGUUAUCAGCUAUAUUUGAUGUUCAUAGAACAACUGUGUCCAGCAUUGUUAUACAUACACUAGUAUAUUUAGUAUCGGCAACACAAAAUUUAAUAUUUUGGCCUACGAAAGCUCAAGUUCAAGGCACAAUGCCUAAAUCCUUUUAUCCAGAUUAUAAAAAUACUCCAAAUAUUAUUGACUGUACAGAGUUCAGAAUGCAAAGACCUCAUGAUGCUGAUGAUAAAAUUUUUUCAUUUUCUCAAUACAAACAUGGUUAUACAGCUAAAAUUCUUAUUGGAGUUACACCAGGUGGAUACAUUUGUUUAAAAUCAAAAGUCGCUGGUGGACGUAAAAGUGAUUCUCAACUAACUAUUGAAUCUGGGCUAAUAGAUUAUUUAGAAGAAGGCGAUGUUGUCCUUGCUGACAAAGGUUUUCCAGAAUUUCGUAAGCUUUUAGACGAGUCCGGAAGAAGUGUUCUAAUGGUAUUGCCACCAUACUUGGAAAACAAAACGGAAUUCUCUCAAGCUGAGACUGAAGAAACAUAUAAAAUAGCAAGAGUUCGGAUUCACGUAGAAAGAGUAAUUCAACGACUUAAGAUAUAUAAAAUUUUAGAUGAAAUACCUACAAGUUUAUUUUCCUACACUGAUGAUAUUGUGCAUCUCAUAUGUGUACUUGUUAAUUUUCAGGCUCCUAUUCAUGCCGAUCAAAAGAAUCAAAAUGAGGAAUAA